GUGGAGAAGCUAAGCAGAGGUCUGUGUGUUUUGUGUAGAUAUUUUGGGGCAGGCAGGACCCGGACGGUCAUCCGCCCUGUUAGCAAUGGUACAUAGACAGGCGAAAAAACACAGAUUGUUUAAUCAUGGCUACAUUACUGGAACGGUUGGUUUUCCUGCAAAAAGUGCCCACACUCAUGCGGGCAACAGCAGAUGACGAAUCGCCCUGUCCCGGUUAUCUCUUUGAGGAAAUCGGCAGUAUCCUUUCCCAAUCAGUGGGCUGCUGCCAGUGUCUUCUGGAGUACCUCUUGGAGCGACUGCAGGUGGAGUCCUGCCACGUCAAACUCAAGGUCCUGAAGAUCCUUCUGCAUUUAUGUAACCAUGGACCCCCUCACUUCCUCACAGAGCUUCGGCGGAAUGCUACUUUUAUACAAGAAGUAAUUGUUUACAGUGGCCCCCCAGACCCCAUCCAUGGGAAUGCUCCCUUUCAGAAAGUCAGAAGCUUGGCUCAGGAGUUGGCUAGCCUUCUCUUUAAUGAAAUCAUGUCCUCAGAUUCGGCACUCUCUCCAUGCAAAACAGUAACAACAUCCAUGGGAAUGGGCUCAGAGUCACACAGGUCUGGCAUGCAGGGGUUCGGAUACAGCCCAGGAAGGAAGGAGUCCAGUGGAGGGAGUCUGUUGGACAAGAUUCAGAAAGCUGCCGAGGUGGUGGCCAAUGCUGUCCUUCCCCCAAUAGAGCAUCCUGGAAUCCGUCUUCAUGACAACCACUACCAUGCUGUGGUGGCGCCCUCUGCUACUGUGGAGAUGGCAAUGCCAGCAUGUGCCUUCAACAUCCAAUCGCAUAGCCACAGAGCAUCUUACAGGUCUCCAGGGCAGGCUGGUGGAGGCUGGGAGGAAACAGACAGUGGGCACAACUCCUCCCAGGAGAAUGCUCCAGUCAGCCAGGCCUCAGUGGGCAGAAGCAGUAAGUCGGGUGGCUCGGGCAGCCACUCAGGGGCAAGUCGGGAGAGCGGUGACCUAUCUGAGCGUGUUGAGGCCAUGCAGUUGGGAGACUGUGGUCAGGAGAUGGCACUUAUCAACAGUUUGACCAGUGGCUCCAAAGUCUUCCUAACCAGGGAGGAGAGCCAGCACUUCAUCAAAGAAUGUUCCACUCUCAACUGUGAGGUAGUCGUUGAACUUCUCUCUCGCAAACUCCAGGAUCACACCCAUCUCAUCCAAAUGAGGGCGUUGUGUGCUCUAGCCUGCCUGAUGUCUUCAGACUUUCUCUCUCUAGACCAUAUAUUUAAUAUCACACACAAACGCCUUGCAAAGCUUAGUGAAGGAACCAGAGGGCCUGUCGCCAACAAGGCAACCAAGCUCCUAAGGCAGUUUGAGGCCUUGCUUGGUUGGGUCACGAGUCCCAGGUGUGACUGUGCUGGGGGUCCAGCGUCAUCCCGGUCUUCACUCUCACACCAGCCCACUGAAUCUUUGACCACCAUCCUUCCAGAAACAUUAGUAGAAACAGCAACCUCUAUAAUCCAAUCAGAAAGGCCACCUCAUAUUAAAAGGGAACAAGCAGAGGAGGAAAACAGACCCACGGACAGCUCCAGAGUCCCAGAACCUCCAAGACUGUCUCUCUUCAGUGGAAUGGAGCUUGUGAACAGAAGCAAACCUGUAUGUUUGGUUGAACCUGUUCUUGUCGAGCCAGAUGGCCAUAGAGGCGUGGAGGCCACUACAGACACAGACUGUUUGAUUGAGAAAAGCUAUAAGAGAACUGCAGGGUCACACACAUCUACUGCUAGUGAACCUGAGCAUUGCAGUGAGCAAGUGUCGGCCUUCUCCUUCCUUAAUCUCUGAUGCCAACUUCCAUUUAGAAAUAAAAAAAGGGUUUAAAGGAAUAUUCUGGGUUCAAUAGAGGUUAAGCUCUAUCAACAGCAUUUGUGGCAUGAUGUUGAUUACCACAAAAAUGAAUUUAGACUUGUUCCUCCUGCUUUAAAAAUAAAUACAAAAUCUUGGUUAUAAUGAGACACAAUGGAAGUGAAUAGGGUCAAUCCGGAAAUGUUAAAAUACUCACGGUUUCAAAAGUAGAGCCACAAGACAAAUAUUAUACAUGUUAACAUGAGCUUAGUGUGAUAUACAUUUGCUAACCCUGCUAACCUUUUCUGUGUAAAGUUAGAUCCAAUUUUACAAUUUUGCCAUUAUGAUGUGAUCCCUUUAACCCUAAAACAACAAUAAAAACAAUGAUUUAAACAAUUACGGCUCAUAAUAUAAUACACAAGUUUUAACAGAAGAAUUAAUAUGUGCUUUAAUAAAAUUAUAAGCUUCAUAUUUCUGCCUUAAAACCCUCAAAAUUGGUCCCAUUCACUUUCAUUGUAAGUGCCUCACUGUAACCUCGAUUUUUGCUUUUAUUUUAUUUUUUAAGAAAAGGAAGGACAAAUAUACAUUUUUGUGUUACUGAACAUUAUGUUCACAAAUUAGACCGAUAGUAUUUUGCUGAUACCACUAACUAAGGUGGUGGGAAAGGUCGCUAACCAUUUAAUCGGCCGAUUGAUUUACAGAAUAUCAAAAACAUUUAGUAGUUUUUCCCUUACUAAGAUGGGCAAGACAAAGAGUCCUAAAUAAAUGAAAUCCCAUAUGCAGUUUAUUGUUCAACUGAAAUUUUUUUUGAUUUGGUGCAUAGCGUGGAACUUUUAAGUGUAAACAAGCUUGAAAAACACACAGAGGACUCAUAUUUUGAAAUGAUGAAAACAAAAAAAGUAAAUAUCUGCAACUAACGCUAUAGAUUUUUGCUGAUAACCAUAGUUCCAAAAAGCAACUGUCUUCCUCUACCAAAAAUGCUGUCGAUUGUGCUUAUCACUGAACCCGGAAUAUUCCUUUAAUCAAAUAUAACGUUGUGUGCUGACCUGAGAAAAAACUAUUUUAUUCUCUUGAAAAAAUUAUUUACUCACCUUUGUGUUGUUCCAACCGAGUAUGACUUUCUUUUAAACAAUGUGGAACACAAAAGGAUUUGUUAGGAAGACUGACAGCCUCAGUCACCAUUCACUUUCAUUGAAUGAAAACAGAUGCAAUGACUGUAAAUCAUGACUGAGCCUGUCAGUCCCUCCUUUUGUGUUCAACAGAAUAAAGAAAUUCAUAAGUGAUGAUGGAAUGCCAAUUUUUUUUUGGGUGAACUAUUCCUUUAAGCAUGAAUUACAAUUGCAGUUUACUCUAUGCACUGUGCAAAUGAUGCUAAUGAUUCACAGUAGUAAUUACAUUCGCUAACUGUGUACUAUUUGUAAUUCUUCAAAGUCAUUUUGAUUUAAGAUACGAGAGAGAAACAACUCAGGAUGCUUUUGCCGUUGUGGUGUUCAAUGCGAAUGUUCUCGCAAUGGUUAUUACUCUUGGAAUUUGCACAACACAUUUUCCUCACUAAAAGCACUUCUGUCUUCCAGUCUCCUAUCUCUAUAGUAAACAUUUGAACAAACAUUAAUACACACAGAGUUUGACUGAAAUGCAUCUUACCAAAACUUUACAUUUCUAACUUAUGUGCAUAUAUGUGUAUGCUCAACUGUCUUGAGUGGAAAUGUUAUAGUAUUUAAAUCUGAUAGAUGGGUGUUUAACUCAUUGCAACAAAAGCCAUGUGUCAAAAAGACAGGUUUCAAUAAACAAUGAAACAGCUAUUAGCAGGAAUGUACAUGCACACACACACACACACACACACACACAGAGAGAACGUAUAUUAAAAAACAACCUUUUAUUUGCAUUUACAAUAGAGGAACAGUUAAUAAAAUAAUGAUUUAAAUAUUUUAUAUUUGCUAGCUAUGUGUUAUGUACAGUCCUACAUACAAAACAGAAUGGUGAUAGCGGAGAUAAUUAUCAUCAAAAGCUAAUUGUCUUACAUAUAAAGCACAGUGCCUGGGUUGAAUGGUAGUGUGCAUGGACAAGUUGAAGGUAAUAUCAGUUUGUUUUAUACAAUUAUAUUGCCUUCUCGAGAAUGGCUCAGACAAGACCUAAUUGUCCUCAUACAACCUGUUUUAACUGCGCUGAAACUGAAACACUUCUAGACUCGUGCAUCUAAAAAGAACUGGAUUACAUUCGUGCAAACUAAGUUUAAGAGCACUACAUUACAACUGUAAGCUAUACCAUUCCAAAAUGUUGUAAGCCAUUGUAUUUUGGUCAAACAAUGCAUACAAAUUUUUUUAAAAAACAGCAAAAUUAGGUUGUAUAGAUAUAAUGGUAAAAUAUUUCUUAGGACUUUGCUUUGACGUGAUAAGGUGCAGGCUAAUUUUAGGGCAUUCCUAUGGUCUGCCCAUAGAAAACACAUCCUCGAAUUACAGGGAACCCAGUGACCGAACUAAACCAGUAUAUUUCAAGCUCUAACCAAUUCUAAAAGUUGAAGACUAAGUCAGGAUCUUUCCUAUAAUGUUUUGCUUUCAUUUUGCAGCAUUUUCAUUUUUCAAUUGCUUUAACCUUCAAUUGCACUUCCUUAUAUAGAUUAUUAAUAGACCUGAGUCCAGCAUGCAUUCAUGAAUUUCAGAAUAGUCCAAAUCCCUCUUUCUACCAAAUCACGUGCUAAAAUGUUUGUUUCAUAAUUGUCAUUGUAAAGACUACCCGAUUAGCAAUUUCUAAAGAUCUGGCACCUGGUUCCUUGUUUGAAGUCUAAACCAUAGCUACAACAUCCCCACUUAAUGGCACGCAGAGAGAACACCACUAAACCUGAGUUUUAGAUAUGCAACCAAUCAUCAAGCCCCAAAAGCUUCCCAAAAAAAGUCCAAAUUCCAUUGAAAACCAAACCAGAACUUAUGUAAACACAUGACAACAGCAUAGGUAAUCUAACUGGAAUGACUAAACACUUCCAAAGCAGGGCUGAAAAUAUGAACACAUGGUUUAGUUUCAACUCAGCUCUCAAAUAAAGGAAAUUAACAGAUUUCUAUUCCUUAACUGACAAAGAGUGGCAAAACAGCUAAAUGCAUUGAUCUUAUAGAGUCAAAGAAUGACUUUUCAUGACUGCACCAUUAGCUGAGUAGCACCAUGUGUUUUUAUUUAUUUAUUUGUUAAGUA